AUGCGCGAAGGCUACGUGAAGCUGGACCUUGCAGUGUCUAUUCCGACAUUUGUCGGUUCUUCGCUCUCGUUUCUUGCCGCGUCAACAGUUCUUUUGCUGCAAAUAAUUUACCCGCCUGGUCGGCAUUUUCGCCACGCGCUCAUCGUCAAUCUUCUGAUCUCAGAUUUGAUGAAUAGUCUAGGCAACACAAUCUCAGGUGCCUACUUUCUCUCGCAGGGCAGCACUCCGGCUACGAACGCCAACCCCAGCGCUGCCUGUAUGGUCAAUGCUUGGGUCAACCAGCUCAGCGUCCAGACUAUUGAUUUUAACAUUCUUACUAUCUCCGUUAUUGUUCUCAUAUCAGUAGUGAGAACGCACUGGAUAUCAAACUUAUCAACGCGGGCUCAGAUCUUUUUCUGUGUCGGCGCCUGGAUUCCGGGUUUAAUAACCAGUAAUGUUGCUCUCGGCUUAAAUAGCUACGGCUUCGUCAGCGGGAAUUGGUGCUGGAUACGAACGGAUCGUCUCGAUCUUCGCUACGGUCUCACACACGGAUGGCGGCUUGCUAUCUUCUUCGCUACGAUAGCCAUCUACACGUGCAUCUACGUGAAAAUCAAAAGGGUUUAUGGAAAGGUUAGGGCUAUGGGGGGCACUUUCGAUAUCUCAAUCGAAAGCCAAACCAGGGAUGCCGAACUAGGGCUUCCAUACACAUCCGAUACGCAUCAGGUUCUGCCCUUGGGCCCGUCAUCUGUGUCCCAGGAGAAUGGAAACCAGCAGCAGGUCAACGCUGGAGGCUUGGAAAAUCCAGCGGCAAAUCCCCAUCCUUCAUCCUGGGGACAAACAAGUGCUUCGGGCCCAAGAUCAGUGGCACCUCUGAGUUCUCAACCAUCAUUCACACCGACCCUAAAGUCACAGGAAUUCAUGCCUCCUCCGCCGAAUAUCCAGAAAAUGUUGUUGAUGAACGGAUAUCCAAUCGCCUACAUCAUUCUAUGGAUACCAGGCAUAGCAAAUCGUCUUGUUGAAUCAACGGCCGGAUCGUCUCCCCAGUGGCUCAGUAUUCUUCAAGCAUCAACACAGUUUAUCGGCUUGAUCAAUGCGUUGACGUAUGGAUUGAGCGAACAAAUGAAACGUCGUGCUUGGGAAAGUUGGAAACACCGACACGACUUUAUAAGAGCAGGUGGUUAG